ACGAGGGCGGGACCAAAAUUCACGCGGGAGCUGCAGCUUUCAAUUAGGUCCGCACUCCAUGCAUAUAAGUUUUGCUGUCAGCCUGAACAAUCGCUUUCCAGAAGUCUCCCAGUAGCAGGGUCAUCAUGUCUGGUCGUGGCAAGGGAGGCAAAGGUCUUGGUAAAGGCGGCGCUAAGCGCCAUCGGAAGGUGCUGCGCGACAACAUUCAGGGCAUCACCAAACCCGCCAUCCGCCGCCUGGCCCGGCGCGGCGGCGUCAAGCGCAUCUCCGGCCUCAUCUAUGAGGAGACGCGUGGGGUGCUGAAGGUCUUCCUGGAGAACGUGAUCCGCGACGCUGUCACCUACACGGAGCACGCCAAGCGCAAGACGGUCACGGCCAUGGACGUAGUCUACGCGCUCAAGCGCCAGGGACGUACGCUUUACGGCUUCGGCGGUUAGAUCUUCUCUGUUACUGAAACCCUAUAACACCAACCAAAGGCCCUUUUCAGGGCCGCCCACAUAUCCCUUUAAAGGAGCUAACAUUUUUGUCUUGCUGAUCUAUUUAUCA